GGACCCAGCACGUUUUUACUGUGUAUACAUAUUUGUCUGUGUUCACAUAAUCACCAUCCAUCGCAAUUACCGUGAAAACCAGUUCGCAGUAUGACACUAUUACUGUUAAACUUUUUGGGACUGCUUGUAGUUGCCGUUGCUCACUCUAACCAGUGUCCCCCUGUCCCGUUCCAUGAUCCUUAUGACUGUGCAGCUAUGUUCGUUUCUAUCGACUGUUCUGUCGAGUUACAAGAUUGCCCUGCUGGUAAAACCUGUUGUCCUGGAAUAUGUGGAUCAAGAACAUGUCAAAUGAUCGGAAUUAAACCUGCCUGUCCUUGCGGUCCUAAGUGUUGUCGUCUGUUCUGUCGCUAUGGAUACGCCCGGGAUGCCAGUGGGUGCGAAAUAUGUAAAUGCAGAGUUGGUUAUUAAUAUACUAUGUUCAGGAGCAAAUAAUCGUUCAAAACCAAAUACUUGGUGACAUUUUGUAAAUGUUUGUUGCUGAAGAGAAUAAAAUUAUAUAG